AUGAUAGUUUCCCCGACCGUACCAACAUUUGAAAUCCUGUUGCCUUAUUAUUUACUAAAUUUCCUAAAUCUUCUUUCUUUCUUUCUUUCUUUCCUUCUUUCCUUCUAUCUUUCUUCUUUCUUUAUUUUUUCUUUCUUGCUUUCUUUCUUUCUAUCUUUCUUUCUUUCCUUCUAUCUUUCUUCUUUCUUUAUUUUUUCUUUCUUUCUUUCAUUCUUUCUUUCUUUCUUUCUUUCUUUCUUACCUUCUAUCGUUCUUCUUUCUUUAUUUUUUCUUUCUUGCUUUCUUUCUUUCUUUCUUUCCAUCUAUCUUUCCUUCUAUCUUUCUUCUUUCUUUAUUUUUCUUUCUUGCUUUCUUUCUUUCUUGCUUUCUUUCUUUCCUUCUAUCUUUCUUCUUUCUUUAUUUUUAUCUUUCUUUCUUUUUUUUCUUGCUUUCAUUCUUUCUUUCCUUCUAUCUUUCUUCUUUCUUUAUUUUUUCUUUCUUGCUUUCAUUCUUUCUUUCUCUGUCAAAUUUGUCUUUUUCUUCAAGAAUGAGUUCUCUAAUUUUUAUUUCUUAAUUUGCGUUUCCUUCUUUUUUAUUUCUUGUAUUUAUUCAUCAUUUCUUUCUUUUUUCUUUCUUUCUUGUAUUCAUUCAUCAUUUUUUCUUUUUUCCUUUUUUUCUUGUAUUCAUUCUUCAUUUCUUUAUUUCUUUUUCUUUCUUUCUUGUAUUCCUUCAUCAUUUCUUUCUUUUUCUUUCUUUCUUGUAUUCAUUCAUCAUUUCUUUCUUUUUCUUUCUUUCUUUCUUGUAUUCAUUCAUCAUUUUUCCUUUUCCUUUUUUCUUUUUCAUUCUUCAUUUCUUUAUUUCUUUUCUUUCAUUUUGUAUUCCUUCAUCAUUUCUUUCUUUUUCUUUCUUUCUUGUAUUCAUUCAUCAUUUCUUUCUUUUUCUUUCUGUCGUGUAUUCCUUCAUUUCUUUCUUUUUUUUCUUUCUUGUAUUCAUUCAUCAUUUCUUUCUUUUUCUUUCUUGUAUUCAUUCUUUUUUCUUCAUUUCUUUCUUUCGUAUUCAUUCCUCAUUUUCAUCAUUUUUUCUUUUCUUUCUUUCUUUCUUUCUUGUAUUCAUUCAUCAUUUCUUUGUUUCUCUUUCUUUCGUGUAUUCAUUCAUCAUUUCUUCCUUUUUAUUUCUUUCUCGUAUUCAUUCAUCAUUUCUUUCUUUUUCUUUCAUUCUUGUAUUCAUUCACCAUUUCUUCAUUUUUCUUUUUCUUUCUUUCUUUUUCUUUCGGGUAUUCAUUCAUCAUUUCUUUCUUUUUCUUUCUUGUAUUCAUUAAUCAUUUCUUUCUUUUUCUUUCUUGUAUUCGUUAAUCAUUUCUUUCUUUAUUCCUUUCUUUCGGGUAUUCUUUCAUCAUUGUUUUCUUUUUCUUUCUUUCUUGUAUUCAUUCAUCAUUUCUUUCUUUUUCUUUCAUUCUUGUAUUCAUUCACCAUUUCUUCAUUUUUCUUUCUUUCUUGUAUUCAUUCACCAUUUCUUCAUUUUUCUUUCUUUGUCCUAUUAAUUCACCAUUUCUUUCUUUUUGUUUCUUGUAUUCAUUGA